AUGACGAACAACAACGACUCAGCAAGCAAUGCAACGUCAAUCGCCUCGCUACCAGGCGAGAUUUUAGACCAGAUCUUCGAAUUCUUAAUUGGGUAUGACAUUAUUGAAUGUCUAUGCGUGUCACCGACGUGGAAUACAAUAUUUCGUCGAGGGCUGUACAAGUCGGUGAACAUCACUUCACAGUCAUCAUUUGCGCACUUUUUUUCAACGCUUCAACAGUCUGCUAAAAGAUACAAGAAAAGAAGAGUCACGGCAUCACCAUCGAAUACUAAUAUACCUGAAAUACCGCGCGAUAUUGGCCAUAAUGUUCGGCAUUUGCAGCUGAGUGAUGGCUUGAUGACCACCAGAACCAUGGAUAGGUUGGCUGACUAUUGUCCCAACGUGGUGUCUAUUACAUACCACUGGCCCCCUAUCAACAAUAAUUCUGAAAAAGCAACUUCAAGACGAGCAUCGGCACCAUCGUCGUCAGCUAUUAAAAAGAAGUUUGGUAUAAAGACACGCACUUUCAAUACACCUAUGCCAUUCUUUCAGCACUUUCAUCCGCCCGACCUCAAGGCAUCGACGCUGAUCGCGAAUUACGGCUUCACUAGCGAUGGAUCUUGGAAGAAUACAGACGCAUCAUCCCAACUGUUCCCUGUACUGCAGCAUUUUUCCAAACUCGAAGAACUUGUUUUAAGCAUGAAGAAUUUACGCAUCACCGUCACAGACAUGGAAGUAAUUCAUACGAUCUGCUCUGAGCUCAAGAAGAUUGACUUUAGUGUCGCAGAUUUGCGGUCACCGAGCAGUAGCAGUAGCAGUAGCAGUAGCACUAACACUAGUAGUGAUGACGAUACGCAGCUGCUGGAACAAGUUCAGCCAGCACGCACUGUCCAACACUUGUCUCUUCGCUCCCCUAUAUGGUGCAACGUACGUAUCUGCAGCAAUCCAUGGUUCAACUAUAUUCGACACAAAUACCCAGAGCUACGGGCUCUCAAUCUUGCGCCGGAUGAUGAUUUUCAAGAGGGAGGAUUCUAUAUCACUGAAGAAAUCGUAUUUGGCGAACAAAAUCCAGCGGCUGGAAUUACACUAAAAAAUCAAUUCCCACGCUUGAAACACUUGGAGAUCGGACGAUUUGCUGGCAAACCAAGCACAUCGUGGACACGUCUUAUGAACGGUAUCCCGUCAAUUGUACUGCACGACGAUGCAACAGAAAAUUUUGACGGAUGGAUCAAAGCAGCAGCAACAGCAACAGCAACGACAGCAUCAACCACCAUAGCUGCUACUCACAGUUCUAAUACUACCGAUAACAUUACCCUGCAGAGCUUGAAGUUAGCUCUGAUACCCAAAAAUAUGGCUGGUCUUGUCUUUUGCGAUCAUCUACGAGAGCUUUUCUUGGACGGCAGGUUGUUCCGUAUAUGUCCAGGAUAUUGCCAAGUCUUAUCGCUCAAAACCGUACUAUCAUGUCCAGCAUUGGAAAAAAUAGUGAUUAAAAGAUUCAUAAUUGAGUAUACCGGAAACAGCAACAAUAACAACAACAGGUCAGCAGCGACAGGAUCAUCAACAUCUUCACUACCACCGACAACGACAACGACUAUCUCACCUUUGAAGUCGUUAAUAAUCCAUGAAUCAGCGAUUGCAAGUAACAAUGUGUUCACUCAAGUUGGCAUACGAUGCCCAGAUCUUGUCCAUUUAGAAUUGACAUUCUGCAAGUGGAGCAGUAAUCAUGAACAUCCAGUCAUCCGCAUUAAUAUGGCGCGCCAAAAACUUAAAUAUCUUCAGCUGGUUAUGCCGAGCAUUUGCCGACAUUUUCGAAGCACCCCGACGGUCGGUAUGGGAUUUGAAGGAAUCAGUGUUCAUGGUGCACAGCAAUCACGGAAACUCGUCGAUCCGCUUCCUGGCCUUCCGGAUUAUUUGCUGUUGAAAAAGCAGAACGACGCUACUAUUGCUGCGAUUACUGCUCUGCCUGCAGAGAAACGGCUGGAAGAAGUAGAAGAAGCGAACGAUGACGGACAAGAGUCAAUAACACGGGUGCUUUACAGAAUACAAUCACUCCAGUCCCAACGACUACUUCUGGAACGCGUAAAUAACAGGGCGGAUACUGUCUCGUGGUUGGAGAGCGAAAGUGGAAAUAAGCAGAGGGUAGAGGAAGUGGUUACGAACCAUCGUUUGGUGAAAAACUGGUCUGUCAUCCUGUCAUUGCAAAGCGUUGAUAAUCUUUACUAUAAUGGAGCUCGACUGGAUCACAAAGACAAAGAUUUUACAUGCACGACCAAAGAUACUUUUGCAUACUUGGAAAGCCUUGUCAACGUCUAA